GAUGUAUCUCGGCUGCCUCGUGGUCAGGAAGCCAUGGAAGGAGACUAGUGCCUAGUAUUUGCGGAACCUGAAAACUUCCUUAAGCUGCAGUUGCUGUGCUGGCCUCCUAGGACAUUCAGCAGCUGGUCCUGUUGCCUUCCAGGUCUCCAUAUGCUCAGUCAACUCUCCAUAACUGUAAAUCAACACUAAGAGCACUAGAAGGUUAAAGGUCAAGGAGACUCUCACAAAGGAUCCAGAACUUGAAUGUUUGCUCCUCACCAAGAAUCUGGGAGAAGAACAACUAAAAGAAUGAGUGCUUCUCUGGAAAACACUGCACAGUGUCUAUUAACCUUCAAGGACGUGUUUUUGGACUUCUCAUCGGAGGAAUGGGAAUGUCUCAAUUUUGCUCAGAGGACAUUGUACAUGGAUGUGAUGUUGGAGAAUUACAACAAUCUGUUGUUUGUGGAAAAUCACUGCAUAUGUGGAAACUAUGAGAAGGAGAAGGUCGUGGAACAAGACACACAGCACAUUUUCAAUGAGCAUGGGCAUAUCCAAGAGAAGUCUUUUAAAUGUAAUGAGUCUAGCAAUAUAAUUCAUGAAUCCUCCGAAAGUACACCUCAUAAAACUAACCACAGAGAUGCCACUCUCCAAUCCUCAAACCUAAAAAGACAUAAAACUGGGACCACUAAACAAGUUUGCACAUAUAAAGACUGUGUAAACUGUUUAAAGGGGUCUUCUAUCAUUAGUCUCAAUCAAGGAACCCACGUAGAGAAGAAAGAACACAACAGAAAUAAAAAUCUUGAUGAGGUUUUGGUUUCUAAACAUAAACCCAUUGUGAGACAAAACAAUAGUGAGAUGAACACUUACACUUGUGGUGAAUUUGACAAAUGCUUUACUCAGAGUGACAAUCUUCAAAGUCAGCAGAGAAUUUAUCCAGGAAAGAAAUCUUACAAAUAUAGUGAAAGUGACAAAUGCUUUACCCAACCUUCCCAUCUUAGUAUUCAUCAUACAAUUCAUUCAGGAGAGAAACCUUACAAAUGUAGUGAAUGCGACAAAUGCUUUACUGACAAAUGCACUCUGAGAAAGCAUCAGAGAAUUCAUACAGGAGAGAAACCUUACAAAUGUAAUGAAUGUGACAAAUGCUUUACUGACAAAGGCAGUCUGAGAGUUCAUCAGAGAAUUCAUACAGGAGAGAAACCUUACAAAUGCAGUGAGUGUGACAAAUGCUUUACCCAAACAUCCCAUCUUAGUAUUCAUCGUAGAAUUCAUUCAGGAGAGAAACCUUACAAAUGUAGUGAAUGCGACAAAUGCUUUACUGACAAAGGCAGUCUGAGAGUUCAUCAGAGAAUUCAUACAGGAGAGAAACCGUACCAAUGCAGUGAGUGUGACAAAUGCUUUACUGACAAAAGCAGUCUUAGAGUUCAUCAUAGAAUUCAUGCAGGAGAGAAACCUUACAAAUGUAGUGAAUGCGACAAAUGCUUUACUGACAAAGGCUAUCUGAGAGUUCAUCAUAGAAUUCAUGCAGGAGAGAAAUCUUACAAAUGUAGUGAAUGUGACAAAUGCUUUACUCACAAAGGCUCUCUGAGAGUUCAUCAUAGAAUUCAUGCAGGAGAGAAACCUUAUAAAUGCAGUGAAUGUGACAAAUGCUUUACCCGAAAAUCACAUCUUAGUAUUCAUCAGAGAAUUCAUACAGGAGAGAAACUGUACAAAUGCAGUGAAUGUGACAAAUGCUUUACCCAACAAUGCCAUCUUAGUAUUCAUCAGAAAAUUCAUUCAGGAGAGAACCUUACAAAUGCAAUGAAUGUGACAAAUGCUUUACUGACAAACACAGUCUGAGAAGGCAUCAGAUAAUUCAUACAGGAGAGAAACCUUACAAAUGUAAUGAAUGUGACAAAUCCUUUACUGAAAAUGGCUGUCUGAGAAUUCAUCAGAGAAUUCAUACAGGAGAGAAACCUUACAAAUGUAGUGAAUGUGACAAAUGCUUUACUAAAAAAUCCAGUUUGAGGAUUCAUCAGAGAUUUCAUACAGGAGAGAAACCUUACAAAUGUAGUGAAUGUGACAAAUGUUUUAUUCAAAAAUGCAGUCUGAUAAUUCAUCAGAGAAUUCAUACAGGAGAGAAACCUUACAAAUGUAGUGAAUGUGACAAAGCUUUACUGAGAAAGUCAGAUGGCAUCAGAGAACUCAUACAGGGGAGAAUUCUUACAGAUGUAUUGAAUGUGACAAAUGUUUUGCCCAGAAAUCCUAUCUUGUUUUUAAUCACAGAAAUCAUACAUUAAAGAAGCCUUACAAAUGUA